AUGUAUGUUACUGGCGGUGAGGACAAUGUUCCUGGCGGUGAGGACAAGGUUCCUGGCGGUGAGGACAAGCUUCCUGGCGGUAAGGACAAGGUUCCUGGCGGUGAGAACAAGAUUCCUGGCGGUGAAAACAAGGUUUCAGACCGUGAGGACAAGGUUUCUAGCGGUGAACACAAGGUUCCUGGCGGUGAGGACAAGGUUGCUGCAGGUGAGGACAAUGUUACUGGCGGUGAGGACAAUGUUCCUGGCGGUGAGGACAAGGUUCCUGGCGGUGAGGACAAGGUUCCUGGCGGUGAGGACAAGGUUCCUGGCGGUGAGGACAAUGUUCCUGGCGGUGAGGACAAGGUUUCUGGCGGUGAGGACAAGGUUCCUGGCGGUGAGGACAAGGUUCCUGGCGGUGAGGACAAGGUUCCCGGCGGUGAGGACAAGGUUCCCGGCGGUGAGGACAAGGUCCCCGGCGGUGAGGAUAAGCUUCCUGGCGGUGACGACAAGGUUCCUGGCGGUGAGGACAAGGUUCUUGGCGGUGAGGACAAGGUUCCUGGCGGUGAGGACGAGGUUCUUGGCGGUCAGGACAAUGUUUUUGACGGUGAGGACAAUGUUCCUGGCGGUGAGACAAGGUUCCUGGCGGUGAGCAUAAGGUUCCUGGCGGUGUGGGCAAGGUUACUGGCGGUGAGGACAAUGUUCCUGCCGGUGAGGAUAAGGUUCAUGGCGGUGAGGACAAGGUUCCCGGCGGUGAGGACAAGCUUCCUGGCGGUGAGGACAAGGUUCCUGGAGGUGAGGAGAAGGAUCCUGGCAGUGAGGACAAGGUUCCUGGCGGUGGGGACAAGGUUCCCGGAGGUGAGGAUAAGCUUCCUGGCGGUGACGACAAGGUUCCAGGCGGUGAGGACAAGGUUCCUGUCGGUGAGGACAAGGUUCCUGGCGGUGACAACGAGGUUCCUGGUGGUGAGGACAAUGUUUUUGACGGUGAGGACAAUGUUCCUGGCGGUGAGGGCAAGGUUCCUGGCGGUGAGGACAAGGUUACUGGCGGUGAGGACAAGGUUCCUGGCGGUGAGGACAAGGUUCCUGGCGGUGAGGACAAGGUUCCUGGCGGUGAGGACAAGGUUCCUGGCGGUGAGGACAACGUUCCUGGCGGUGAGGACAAGGUUCCUGGCGGUGAGGACAAGGUUCCUGGCGGUGAGGACAAGGUUCCUGGCGGUGAGGACAAGGUUCCUGGCGGUGAGGACAAGGUUCCUGGCGGUGAGGACAAAGUUCCUGGCGGUGAGGGCAAGAUUACUGGCGGUGAGGACAAGGUUACUGGCGGUGAGGACAAGGUUACUGGCGGUGAGGACAAGGUUCCUGGCGGUGAGGACAAGGUUCCUGGCGGUGAGGACAAGGUUCCUGGCGGUGAGGACAAGGUUCCUGGCGGUGAGCACAAGGUUCCUGGCGGUGAGGACAAGGUUCCUGGCGGUGAGGACAAGGUUCCUGGCGGUGAGGACAAGGUUCCUGGCGGUGAGGACAAGGUUCCUGGCGGUGAGGACAAGGUUCUUGGCGGUGAGGACAAGGUUCCUGACGGUGAGGACAAGGUUCCUCGCGGUGAGGACAAGGUUCUUGGCAGUGACGACAAGGUUCUUGGCUGUGAGGAAAAGGUUCCUGGCGGCGACGAAAAGUUUCUUGGCGGUGAGGACAAAGAUCGUGACGGUGAAGACAAGGUUUCUGGCGGUAAGGAAAAGGUUCCUGGCGGUGAGGACAAGGGUUCGGACGGUGAGGACAAGGUUUCUAGCGGUGAGGACAAGGUUCCUGGCGGUGAGGACAAGGUUUCAGACGGUGAGGACAAGGUUUCUACCGGUAAGGACAAGGUUCCUGGUGGUGAGGACAAGGUUCCUGGCGGUGAGGUCAAGGUUAUUGGCGGUCAGCACAAUGUUCCUGGCGGUGGGAACAAGAUUCCUGGCGGUUGGAACAAGGUUCCUGGCGGUGAGAACAAGGUUACGGGAUGUGAGAAAAAGGGGCCUGGCGGUGAGGACAAGGUUCCUGGCGGUAAGGACAAGGCUCCUGGCGGUGAGGACAAGGUUUCAGACGGUGAGGUCAAGGUUUCUAGCGGUGAGGACAAGGUUCCUGGCGGAAAGGACAAGGUUCCUGGUGCUGAGAACAAGGUUCCUGGCGGCGAGGAGAAGGUUCCAGGCGGUGAGCACAAGGUUCCUGGCGGUGAGGACAAGGAUCCUGGCGGUGAGGACAAGGUUCCUGGCGGUCAGGACAAGGUUCUUGGCGGUGAGGAAAAGGAUUCAGACGGUGAGAACAAGGAUCGUAACGGUGAAGACAAGGUUCCUGGCGUUAAGGAAAAUGUUCCUGGCGGUGAGGACAAGGUUUCAGACGGUGUUGACAAGGUUUCUAGCGGUGAGGACAAGGUUCCUGGCGGAGAGGGCAAGGUUCUUGGUGGUGAGGACAAGGUUCCUGGCCGCGAGGACUAGGUUCAUGGCGGUGAGGACAAGGUUCCUGGCGGUGAGGACAAGUAUCCUGGCGGUGAGGACAAGGUUCCUGGGGGUCAGGACAAGGUUUUUGCGGUGAGGAAAAGGUUUCAGACGGUGAGGACAAGGUUUCUAGCGGUGAGCACAAGGUUCCUGGCGGUGAGGUCAAGGUUAUUGGCGAUGAGGACAAUGUUCCUGGCGGUGAGGACAAGGUUUCUGGCGGUGAGGACAAGGUCCCUGGCAGUGACGACAAGGUUCAAGGCGGUGAGGACAAGGUUCCUGGCGGUGAGCACAAAGUUCCUGGCGAUGAGGACAAGGUUCUUGGCGGAAAGAACAAGGUUGUUGGCGGAGAGGACAAGGUGCCUGACGGUGAGGACAAGGUUCCUGUCGGUGAGGACCAGGUUCCUGGCGGUGACGACAAUGUUACUGGCGGUGAGGACAAUGUUCCUGGCGAUGGGGACAAGGUUACUGGCGGUGAGGACAAUGUUCCUGGCGGUGAGGACAAGGUUACUGACGGUGAGGACAAUGUUCCAGGCGGUGAGAACAAGGUUACUGGAGGUGAGGACAAGGUUCUUGGUGGAGAGGACAAGGUUCCUGACGGUGAGGUCAAGGUUCUUGGCGGUGAGGAAAAGGUUCCUGGAGGCGACGACAAGUUUCUUGGCGGUGAAGACAAGGAUCGUGACGGUGAAGACAAGGGUCCUGGCGGUAAGGAAAAGGUUCCUGGCUGUGAGCACAAGGGUUCAGACGGUGAGGAAAAGGUUUCCAGCGGUGAGGACAAGGUUCCUGGCGGUGAGGGCAAGGUUCCUGGCGGUGAGGACAAUGUUACUGGCGGUGAGGACAAGGUUCCUGGCGGUAAGGACAAUGUUACUGGCAGUGAGGACAAUAUUCCUGGCGGUGAGGACAAGGUUUCUAGCGGUGAGGACAAUGUUCCUGGCGGUGAGGACAAGGUUACUGGCGGUGAGGACAAGGUUCCUGGCGGUAAGGACAAGGCUCCUGGCGGUGAGGACAAGGUUCCUGGCGGUGAGGACAAGGUUCCUGGCGGUGAGGACAAUGUUUCUGACGGUGAGGACAAAGUUCCUGGCGUUGAGGACAAGGUUCCUGGCGGUGAGAAAAAGGUUCCUGGCUGCGACGACAAGUUUCUUGGCGGGAGGACAAGGAUCGUGACGGUGAAGACAAGGGUGCUGGCGGUAAGGAAAAGGUUCCUGGCGGUGAGCACAAGGGUUCAGACGGUGAGGAUAAGGUUACUGGCGGUGAGGACAAUGUUACUGGCGGUGAGGACAAGGUUCCUGGCGGUAAGGACAAUGUUACUGACGGUGAGGACAAUAUUCCUGGGGGUGAGGACAAGGUUACUGGCGGUGAGGACAAUGUUCCUGGCGGUGAGGACAAUGUUCCUGGCGGUGAGGACAAGGUUCCUGGCGGUGACGACAAGGUUCCUGGCGGUGAGGAGAAGAUUAUUGGCGGUGAGGACAAUGUUCCUGGCGGUGGGGACAAGGUUCCUGGCGGUGAAGACAGGUUUCCUGGCGGCGAGGACAAGGUUCCUGCCGGUGAGGCCAAUGUUCCUGGCGGUGAGGACAAGGAUCCUGGCGGUGAGGACAAGGUUCUUGGAGGUGAGGACAAGGUUCCUGGCGGUGACGACAAGGUUCCUGGCGGUGAGGACAAGCUUUCUGACGGUGAGGACAAAGUUUCUGACGUUGAGGACAAGGUUUCUGCCUGUGAGGGCAAGGUACCUGGCCGUGAGGACAAGGUUCCUGGCGGGGAGGACAAUGUUACUGGCGGUAAGGACAAUAUUUCUGGCGGUGAAGACAAUAUUCCUAGCGGUGAGGACAAGGUUACUGGCGGUGAGGACAAUGUUCCUGGCGGUGUGGACAAGGUUACUGGUGGUGAGGACAAGGUUCCUGGCGGUAAGGACAAGGUUCCUGGCGGUGAGGACAAGGUUCCUGGCGGUGCGGACAAGGUUCCUGGCGGUGAGGACAAGGUUACUGGCAGUGAGACAAUGUUCCUGCCAGCGAGGACAAGUAUACUGGCGGUGAGGGCAGAGUUCGUGGCGGUGAGGCUGGGUUACUGGCAGUGACGGCAAGGUUCCUGGCGGUGACGACAAGGUUCCUGGCAGGACGGCAAGGCUCUGACAGGACAAGGUUUCUAGCGGUGUGGACAAGGUUUAUGGCGGUGAGGACAAGGUUGCUGGCGGUGAGGACAAGGUUACUGGCGGUAAGGACAAUGCUCCUGGCGGUGAGGACAAGGUUACUGGAAGUGAGGACAAUAUUCCUGGCGGUAAGGACAAGGUUACUGGAGGUGAGAUCGAGGUUCCUGGCGGUGAGAACAAGGUUACUGACGGUGAGGACAAGGUUCCUGGCGGUGAGGACAAGGUUCCUGGUGGUGAGGACAAGGUUACUGGCGGUGAGGUCAAGCUUCCUGGCGGUGAGGACAAGCUUCCUGGCGGUGAAGACAAGGUUCCUGGCGGUAAGGACAAGGUUCCAGGCAGUGAGGACAAGGUUCCUGGCGGUAAGGACAAGGUUCCUGGCGGUGAGGACAAGGUUUCAAACGGUGAGGACAACGUUCCUGGCGGUGAGAAUAAGGUUCCUAACGGUGAGGAGAAGGUUCCUGGCGGGGAGGACAAGGUUCCUGGUGGUGCGAACAAGGUUCCUGGCGGUGAGGGCAAGGUUACUGGCGGUGAGGACAAUGUUCCAGCCGGUGAGGACAAGUGUACUGGGGGUGAGGACAAGGUUCGUGGCGGUGAGGGCAAGGUUACUGGCGGUGACGACAAGGUUCCUGGCGGUGACGACAAGGUUCCUGGCGGUGACGACAAGGUUACUGACGGUGAGGACAAGGUUUCUAGCGAUGUGGACAAGGUUUCUUGUGUGAGGACAAGGUUGUUGGCGGUGAAGACAAGGUUACUGGCGGUAAGGACAAGGUUCUUGGCGGUGACGACAAGGUUCUUGGCGGUGACGACAAGGUUCUUGGCGGUGAGGACAAGACUGCUGAUGGUGAGGACAAGGUUCCUGCUGGCGAGGACAACGUUCUUGGCUGUGAGGACAAGGUUGCUGACGGUGAGGACAAGGUUUCAGGCUGCGAGGACAAGGUUCCUGGCGGUGAGGACAAGGUUCUUGGCGGUGAGGAGAAUGUUCCUGGCGGUGAGCACAAGCUUCCUGGCGGUGAGGACAAGGUUGCUGGCGGUGAGGAGAAGGUUCCUGGCGGUGAGGACAAGGUUCCUGGCGGUGAGGACAAGGUUCCCGGCGGUGAGGGCAAAGUUCCCGGCGGUGAGGACAAGGCUCCUGGCUGUGAGGACAAGCUUCCUGGCGGUGAGGACAAGGUUCCUGGCGGUGAGGAAAAUGUUUCUGACGGUGAGGACAAGGUUCCUGGCGGUGAGGACAAGGUUCCUGGUGGUGAGCACAAGGUUCCUGGGGGUAAGGACAAGGUUCCUGGCGUUGAGGACAAGGUUUCUAGCGGUGAGGACAAGGUUUCUAGCGGUGAGGACAAGGUUCCUGGCGGUGAGGACAAGGUUCCUGGUGGUGAGGACAAGGUUACUGGCGGUUAGGACAAGGUUUCUAGCGGUGAGGACAAUGUUUCUAGCGGUGAGGACCAGGUUCCUGCCCGUGAGGACAAGGUUCCUGGUGGUGAGGACAAGGUUCCUGGCGGUGAGGACAAGGUUCUUGGCGGUGAGGAGAAUGUUCCUGCCUGUGAGGACAAGGUUCCUGGUGGUGAAGUCAAGCUUCCUGGCGGUGAUGACAAGCUUCCUGGCGGUGAGGACAAGGUUCCUGGCGGUGAGGACAAGGUUCCAGGCAGUGAGGACAACGUUCCUGGCGGUGAGGACAAGGUUCCUGGCGGUGAGGACAAGGUUCCCGGCGGUGAGGACAAGGUUUCUGGCGGUGAGGACAAGGUUCCUGGCGGUGAGGACAAGGUUCCUGGCGGUGAGGACAAGGUUCCUGGCGGUGAGGACAAGGUUCCUUGCGGUAAGAACAAGGUUCCUGGCGGUGAGGACAAGGUUUCAAACGGUGAGGACAAGAUUCCUGGCGGUGAGAAUAAGGUUCCUGGCGGUGAGGACAAGGUUCCUGGCGGUGAGGACAAGGUUCCUGGCGGUGAGGACAAGGUUCCUGGCGGUGAGAGCAAGGUUACUGGAGGUGAGGACAAUGUUCCUGCUGGGGAGGACAAGUGUACUGGCGGUGAGGACAAGAUUCGUGGCGUUGAGGGCAAGGUUCCUGGCGGUGACGAUAAGGUUCCUGGCGGUGACGACAAGGUUCCUGGCGGUGACGACAAGGUUCCUGACGGUGAGGACAAUGUUUCUAGCGGUGUGGACAAGGUUUCUGGCGGUGAGGACAAGGUUGCAUGCGGUGACGACAAGGUUACUGGCGGUGAGGACAAUGCUCCUGGCGUUGAGGACAAGGUUGCAUGCGGUGAGGACAAGGUUACUGGCGGUGAGGACAAUGCUCCUGGCGUUGAGGACAAGGUUACUAGCGGUGAGGACAAUAUUCCUGGCGGUAAAGACAAGGUUACUGGAGGUGAGAAUAAAGUUCCUGGCUGUGAGAACAAGGUUCUUGGCGGUGACGACAAGGUUCGUAGCGGUGACGACAAGUUUCCUGGCGGUGACGACAGGGUUCCUGAAGGUGAGGACAAGGUUUCUGGCGGUGAGGACAAGGUUACUGGCGGUGAGGACAAGGUUACUGGCGGUGAGGACAAGGUUCCUGGCGGUGAGGACAAGGUUGCUGGCGGUGAGGACAAGGUUCCUGGCGGUGAGCACAAGGUUCCUGGCGGUGAGGGCAAGGUUACUGGCGGUGAGGACAAUGUUCCUGCCGGUGAGGACAAGGUUCCUGGCUGUGAGGACAAGGUUCGUGGCAGUGAGGACAAUGUUUCUGACGGUGAGGACAAGGUUCCUGGCGGUGAGGACAAGGUUCCUGGCGGUGAGGACAAGGUUCCUGGCGGUGAGGACAAGGUUCCUGGCGGUGAGGGCAAGGUUCCUGGCGGUGAGGACAAGGUUGCUGGCGGUGAGGACAAGGUUCCUGGCGGUGAGGACAAGGUUCCUGGCGGUGAGGACAAGGUUCCUGGCGGUGAGGACAAGGUUCCUGGAGGUGAGGACAAGGUUUCUGGCGGUGAGGACAAG